AUGGCCGACCUCAUCAGCGCCCUCCCAGAUGAUCUGCUUCUCCAGGUCCUUGGCCGCCUCCCCCUCACCGCCGCCGCCGCACGCACCAGCCUGCUCUCCCGCCGGUGGCGCGGCCUCUGGACCCGCCUCCCAAACAUCACCUUCCGCGAAGUCGCGCUCGAUCGUCUCGGAUCGGCGCUCGCGUCGCUCAGAGACGCAGCGGUUGGCCCUGGGGUGCCCUUCCUCGACAUCGCGUUCGACUCGGCCCAAGCUGCGGCCGGGGUCGACGACGGCUUCACCAGGGACGGGCUUCAGAAGAGGGUGCUCGCCGGCCUCCCUUCGCUGCUCCACGCCGCUGCAGGGCUCUCGCCGGUGGAGUUCCACCUGGCCCUCCCGCGCCGCCUGGACGUUGGCGCAGACGUGGAGCUGCCACGUUUCCACCGAGCCACCUCCAUCCACCUGUAUGCGCUGAACCUCCGCCUCACGCUGCCACCGUCCACCGGCGGCUUCCCCAAGCUCGAGACACUGUCCCUCUCGGGAUACCGCGUCGACCUCGCCGCAUUGGUCCGCCACUGCCCGUGCCUGCGCGUGCUCAGGGUGACCCAAGCUACCCUAGGCGCCGACAUCAACAUCCGGUCGGAGUCGUUGCAGAAGCUGUUUCUGCGGACCAAUGAAACUCGCAGGUGGACAGACUCGAUCAACAUCGAGGCCCCCAAGCUCAAGCGAUUGACGCUGCUCUUCCGCACCGACACCGGUGCCAGGCUCAGCGUGUCCCUGGUGGCACCACUUCUGGAGAAGGUAUCAUGGUGCUGCUCGUAUGCCACCAAGGGUGCUGGCCUUGCUCCUUGGGGCCUCUCAAUGGCGCGCUUAUAUGCUGCAGAGAGCCUCGGACAGCGGGUGACCACCUGUGCCGGGGAAGACUCAAGGUCGUCGCAGCUCUCCAACGUCAAUGUCCUGUCCCUUAAAAUCACUGCUCGUGGCCCGGUUCAUGCACAGCUCAACUUUCAGCAGCAGAUAGAGAAACAUCUCGUUACCGACUUCGCUGUUUUGGACCUCACAUUGGUGUAUGAUGAUCCUUGGAGAUCGCAUAGGCACGGUUUUGGACCGUUUGUGUUGCAUCUACUGGAGAUGCAUCGGAUCCGCGCUGCUACACGACGACUUCAGAUCCAAUUUAUCAGACACCAGGUGAAAGAAAAGUGCCCAGUAAAUUGCCCCUGCGAUGAGCCCAAGAACUGGAGAAGCAAAGAUAUCUCCUUGAUCAAUCUUGAAGAAGUGGAAAUCAAAGGCUUCGUAGGGGAGGAUCAUGAGUUUGAUUUCUUAAGAGUGAUAUUUAGAUGCGCACCAAUGCUUAAAAAGAUGUGCUUGUGGGUGUCAGGUGAGGCCACCACAGGUAACGAUUGGUGCACGAAAAUGCACCAAGUCUUCAAGGAGUAUCCUUUCGUGGAGUGCAGCUUAAUGCAACGUUGAUCUUAGUUCCGGGUCGAUGCACAUCAGCGAAAGUUAUGUGUUGACCUGAUCCAGCCUCUACUGUGAGGACCAACUCCUUUCAGAAUUUUCCUUCAAUGGACAAACUGAGCCGCUGAGGUGUUUAUUUUAGCGAUGCAAUGGAGCUACAGGAUGCAACUUGUGUACUCUACUCUUAAUUUACCCUUGGCCUAUGUAUGGCAUUAUUAAUCCUUGAAGCAAAUCACUGAAGCCAUCUAAUGCCAUAGUUUCUAUGACACUGUCAAAUUUAGUGUACUCAAUCUGUGUCAGUCAAAAUAAUGCUUUGUUAAGCCUGCCGCUUCGAUGCUUUUCUUCACCAAAAGCUGGAACACCAGAGAAGAAUGUUCACGUUGUCCUCUCUUUAUGUGGAGCAUGUGACUAGUGUGCUAAUGAUCCCAUCUUCGGUGGCCACAGGAACCUAAUUAGCCCCGUGAUUAGCUCACUCACAUCCCAUCACUGGCAUGUGAAAAGUGCGCUGCUGCUUGGAAAAAGAAAAAUGAAGUGCCUGCGGCAGGCAAGGCAUGCACGUUG